GGCCGAGCGACAGCGAGUGACAUUUAAUCAAUCUAUGUUUAUCAUUCGUAUAAUAAAGUCGUCAGUCUUUAAUCGGUUUACCUUACUAUUGAGGAAAAAGUAGUUAGUGAUUAUGCUCUAAAUAGCAAUGAAUAACAACAUCAAGUCUUCUAAACGUAAAGCACUGUUGAAAUAACCUAAAAUUAUAACAGACUUAUUAUUUUUAUACCGGUAUUAAAAGAUUAAAAUACCAUGAUAUUGGCUCACGGAAUAUUUUAUGGGGUUUAGGUUGAUAAGUCGUAGUUUGCGUAUAUUUACUGGUAAAAUUAAAAGGAUGGAAUACCCUGAUCCACCUGCGAAGGCGGGCUUGUGUUGCCCCAGAGAGUGCGUGGAAGGUUCUCCGCCGACGUAUGCUAUGUAUGAAGCCCUGAAGGAUUCGUGUCAGAACAAUGCUACAUACUUCCAACCGGAUGACAGUGAGAACGGCCAGCGUUUGUACCAGGGGUUCAUGACGUUGAUAGACCACAUUGACACAGUGUGGCCACUCGUCGACCACGUCCGAAAGGUAGCACCGUUAUACGACUUCGACGCAAAGUCCCCCGGCAACGGAUAUCGCAGUUUCGUCUCGGUCGUGGACUCUUGCGUUUUACACGGACUGAAACUGAGCCGCCAAGUCUGCACGGGGAGGGACGCUUUGCUCUUCCGAAAAGGAUAUUUCGUUAAGGAAGUAGAGUCCUGUGGACAACUGCUAGCGUCCCUGGGUACGUGUCUACAUCACCUGCAAACCCUCCUCUCCUGGGCACCUCCAGGAGAGUUGUUCCCAUCAGAGGGCCACUCUCCAGAGGAACUCUUCUCGCAGGCGGACAACAUCAAUCAGUAUUGCUUCUAUGGGAGAUGUCUUGGCUUUCAGUUUCUACCAUCAAUGAGGGGUAUACUUAAAGGUAUCUCGAUAUGCAUGGCCGGCUUCUCGGAGGCCUACUACAGCCAUGGGAACUUGAUCAGUUCAGUUUGGACCGGAGGACAGUAUUUGAUAGACCCGGAGAUGCGCGCUCGCAGAAUUGUCAACAUAUCACAGUCCGCUAGCAUAGAAUUCUGCAAGGCGUUUUGGUUUUUGGCUGAAAGUGAAAUAAUGAAGCGGGUGCCCAGUCUAAUGUCGUCAACGGUGGCCGUGAACAAAGUGUUCACAAUAGCCCCGGAGCCGCUCGUGGUCAACACUACUGAGGGCAAAGAGCUGACCGUGUUACCGCCCACCGUACAUAUAGGCCUGCAGGGACUGAACGUUAGACUGAUCAGUGUUAAUAAGCGAGCUGGCAUGGUGAGUGAAGGUACAUCAUCGUUACCAGCGUCAGAUGGCAUCCUCUUCCAUUGCCAUGGGGGAGGGUUCGUGGCUCAAAGCUCAAAGUCCCAUGAAACAUACCUAAGGGACUGGGCCGCCAAGCUUGGCAUGCCCAUCCUAUCGGUUGACUACAGUCUGGCCCCGCAGGCACCGUUCCCAAGGGCUUUGGAGGAGGUUUUCUACGCUUAUUGUUGGAUGAUUAACCAUUUCAAAGAGAUGGGUACAACUGGUAAAAGAAUAGUUUUCGCCGGUGAUUCUGCAGGAGCUAAUUUAAUAGCGGGAUGUACGCUGAAAAUAUUGAGUGCCGGCUUACGACCGCCUGAUGGUUUAUUCAUGGCGUAUGCCCCAUUGCUAGUCAGCUUCAUACCGAGCCCCGCAAGGUUACUUUGCCUGAUGGACCCCAUACUGCCUUUUGGAUUUAUGAUGAGGUGCCUUAAAGCAUAUGCGAGUCCAAACGCUAAAGGUGGCAAAGAUGACAAACGCUCAAAUAAAGAGCUUACCUCGUCGAACGCAACGACGCCAGUUGAAGGAAAUGGCUUUCUUAAAGUUAGCCCAUCACAAGAAGGCAUAAGCGAAGGUCCGUCAUCAUUCGAAGAGGUGUCCCCGUCGGAUCUAGCGGAGCUGCAGGCGCACAAGUCUGGCAGCGAACGAAGGAAGUCAUCUGACACCACCAUAAGCGCUGCGUCGCUUCAGAGCGAACACACUGCUACGGGUAUAACACCAACGGAGGACAAGUCGCAACAGUACGUAUCAGAUUUCCUUGAGCGGUACGUUUUCGACAGCGAUACGGACUCGGAGGGACGACGGUUCCCAAUCGUUAAGCCAAACAAACGAGACCUCUCCCACAGGGAACCGGAGUCGGAAAAUUCGAGUACAUUGGUUGGCGAAACACCUUUGAAACAAGAUUUGGAACAUACAGACAAAAAAAGGAUUAAAAGUCGUAUAAAUGAAGCGGCCACUGGUAUAAUGAGUGCGAUGUCGUCUCGCCUAGCGUAUAUAACGGGUUCAAAUAACAUAAGACCCACGCAAGAAGAGUUGGCGGUGCGAACUAAUCUAGACUCUCUGAUAGCGAGGAGUCCCUCGGACGAGUUCAUAUUCUCCGUGCCGAAGGACCCGCUGCUUUCUCCGUACUGGGCAGAGGAGCAAUUGCUCAAGAAGUUCCCUCCUGUCAGGAUACUGACUGUUCACCUGGACCCCUGCCUAGACGACUGCGUUAUGUUCGCUAAGAAACUAAAAGGUCUCGGCAACGAAGUCGGCAUCGACGUGCUAGAGGGCUUACCACAUGGAUUCUUAAAUUUCUCUCUGAUGGCCAAAGAAGCGAACGAAGGUUCAAAACUGUGUAUAGAACGUAUAAAACAAUUGCUCGACUUAGAAAAUCAUGCAACUACCCCCGAAAACAAUCACUUAUGAAUGUGCGGCCUCUGCGGUAUUACUAGGUCCUAGACCUUAAUGUGUGAUGCCUGUGCCUAAUGCAUAGAUUAAAAUUAGGCCCGACGCAAACGAGUGAUAUUAGUGGACAUAUAUAAACUAUUACUAAAGAUGACAAGACUUACAGCUUUUAUGAAUAAAAUGAAUUUUUGUAUGACACAAAAUCAUUAGUUUGUAUCGGGCCUUAGGUGGCGAAGAUAGAUAUAAAUAGCACAAUUAAAACAAAAUAGUCAAUGUACUUAAAUAAUACUUCAACGAGUUUUUUUAAGUAUUUUCUUUUAUACGGCUGUGUGAAACAGUUCCUUUGUAACUUCAAAAACAUUUAUGUAACUUGAAAUUGUAAAAUAUAUAUUUUGUUUAUUUUAUCUAUCUACACAAUAUAAUUACAUAUCUGUACGUAAAGGGAUAAAUAGUUUGAUGGUAUAUUGGCAAACGAUUGCCAAAGCUAAAAUAUAUAUUUAUUUAUUGAGUGACCUGAAAGUAUUAGGAGACCACAACAAGUUUAAAACAUAUUUAAAAAAACACUUUGCCUUUAAAACAUAUUUUUUUAAGUAAAAAACCUCGUUAAAUCCUUAAUAAAUGACAAUUACCAAAUCUUUAUUAUCAAAAUACAAGAUCUUAAUUGCUCCUUGUCUAUGAGUGACAAUAUUAGGUACUAAAUGUAUAUUUGAUAAAUAAAUUAUAAUAGUGGUAGUCCUAAAAUAAUGCCAAAUCUUUGGAUACUAUUAUUUAUGUAUUAAAAUUAUCGGCUAAAAUAUAAAACUUGUUAUUUAUCAAAGCCUCGCGUAUAAAGUGACAAAAACAUACUGAAAAAAUCAAUCCACAAUAUAAUUUAUUAUAUGCCACAGGUAUAGUAUACUCCAUAUACAUUUUACAAAAUUAAUUAAUUAUUAAAUAUUUUCUGUAAUAUGCAGCAACAAGUCAUUUCUAUUAUGUGCGCAGGCCUUUACUUUUAAUAAACAUAUACGUAUUCAAGAAAGUAAGCUAUUAUUAUAUUUGUAUGUUUUUAUUUAAUAAUUCAAUUAUGCCUGGAAAUGAAAUACAAACAAAUAUAGUUGAAAAAUAAGCACAUUUUUCGUACCUGUAGAAUGUUAUAAAAUUGCAGCACUCUAUCAUAUAGUCUAGAUUCUAUCACUUUCAAAUAUAACCCAUAGUGCUUAUUGAACUCUUAAUAAUAUGGUUGUGCACUAAUCAUUUAUAUAAUUAUCAACUUAAUUGACUAUACUUAUUAUUCAUUAUUAUUCGUAAUAUAUAUAAAUAUAUAUGUAUAUAGUACUAUUAUUUAAACGGGUUCAUACCACGAUAAAACGACGAGAUUUUUAAUGUCGAUAUUUCGACCCAGUUGCAUGGAUCGUGGUCACGACGGGACUGAAGUUGCGAGAUGAGAAGUGAAAACAGCUGUUAGGGGCAGAAAUAAAAAUCUCGUCGUUUUAUCGUGGUAUGAACCCGUUUAAAUAAUACAUAAUGAACAACCACGAAAUAAGUUUAAAAUUAUUAGCUUAUAUAUAUUUUUUUAUAGAAUUAAAGUGAAAAAGAUUGACUUUGUAAUUUAACUAGAGGACGCUCUCGACUCAGUUCGUCUGGAAAUCUGUUUUUUACCAAUUCUGUGGGAACCACACAGAUUAAAGAAUAAUAUGCAGAUAGAGCUCACGGAACACGACGGUGUUGUAGCAGUUCCAAAUAUAAAAUUCAAAAACUAAUACAUUCUCGAGUCAGUACAACACGAAGCGUCGCAUCAGUAAUUUUCAAUAUUAUUCAAGAAAAAUGGCGUCUUGUGUUUUUAAAUAUUUUAAAAACUGUACACAAAAACUAAAGAAAUAAAGAAGGAGUAUUUUUAUUAGCAAUUAGUGAUUAUUGUAUUAAAUUACGUAAUUGUUGUUAGUGUUAAAUUUUGAAAUACAAAUUAUGAAAAAAGUUUAUAUGCGGAUGUCAAGGAGACGUGACGUUUGUUUUUUUUUAUAGGUUUCACCGGCUUCUAAAGACUCAUUCUGCAUUAUUCUUUAUUCUAUGGGGGGGAACCAUUAAUUAUUUUCGUUUCUAAAAAUAAUUAUGUAUGUCCUGCUCUAAAGUCCAAUUUAUCUCUAAACCAUAUUUCACCCAAAUCGAUUCAGCGGUUUGGCCGUGAAAAGGUAACAGAAACAAAUUUACUUUCGCAUUUAUAGUUUUAGUAUGGAGCAUGGAUUAAAAGUAUUCAGAUUACAAAUCCAAUUCAAAUAUUCGACUACAAAAAUAGAUAAAAAUUAAAAACUUAAGCUUAUUGAUAGAUAUAACUUUAAUUUUAUUUGGCAGCUUGUUAAAAAAAAUUAAUAAAUUAAUUUAAUUUAGCUUAGAAAAUUUUACUUAUAUUAAUUUUAUUUUUGGUAUGCUAAUGUUUUUUAUGUUAUACUAAUUACUAUACAUCACAUUUUAAUUUUUCACAUAUUAUCAUUUUAAUUAUUUUAGUUACUUUGUACUUUUUUUUUAUUCUUUACAAGUUAGCCCUUGACUACAAUCUCACCUGAUGGUAAGUGAUGAUGCAAUCUAAGAUGGAAGCGGGCUAACUUGUUAGGAGGAGGAUGAAAAUCCACACCCGUUAUCGGUUUCUACACGGCAUCGUACCGGAACGCUAAUUCGCUUGGCGGUACGUCGUUGCCGGUAGGUAGGUAUACUUUAAUUAGUACACUUAAUGAAGGGUGUACAUUAAGCUUAUUAACAAAAUGUUAUGUGAAAGAAAAUAAGCCUUUUAAACAAAUACAACUUAUGUAAUACUUUCCUAUUUGAAAUGUUCAAUAUUUAUUCAAUACUAUUUUCAAUUCAUUCCUGAUUCGAUAAGCCAUAGGUUUAUAGCAUUAUAUCCAGUCCUGGAUUAGCCUAUAAGCAAUUUAAGUAAAUGGAUAUAUUAACUCGGAAAGGUAUCGAUACCGUAUCGUUUCAGUUCGUGAGCUUAUCUUUAUGCGAGUGGGUUACGUUACGAUUCCGAUUAGUGUGCAUUUCAGGGAGCGUUGCCAAACGUCCCGAUUUUUUUAUCAAAAUUAAAUGUCCCACGCGGAUCCGCUCAGUCCCGCUUUUCGGGAAUAACCGUGCGUAGUACACUUCUCAGACUAUUGUUUGGAACUCCACCUUUUCGUAAUGAAUAAAACUUUUGAUUUAGAUUUCUGUUUUUUUUUAUUUUUAUUUUUUUUUUAAUGUCCCGCUUUUGACGAAAGAAUCACGCCUUUUUCACUCAAAAAGUUCGUAAAUCCCGACAUUGCAAAAAAAUCUGGCAACGCUUGUUAAAGGACGGAGUUUCAUACAAAGAUAUAUCGUGUUGUUUCGAAGAUGAUCCAUUUCUGAGUAGAUAUGUGUGCUAUCUAUGCCAUUAGGGUAAUGGCAUAGAUCUCAUACUACAUAGGUAACUAAAAAUCUUACCCACAUUUAAAGGAAAUUUGAAUAAACUAAAAGUCAAACUCGAUAUUCAAUGUUUAUCAACAUAAAAUCAAAAAUAAAACUAACAUAUAUUAGCUAACUAUGUUCUUGCGAAUCUGUUACCUAGAUUUGUUACAAUAUUUUUUUUUAUAUAUACGGAUACAGCAGAUGUUUUUAUUACCUACUGACGUAUUAGAUUGUUAUCCUUUUUUUUUGCGAGAGAAUUUACCAAAGAUCUAUAUAUAUCUAUACUGUAAGUUACAUGAUACAUCACAAUAAAGACUCGAGCAAACACAGCAAAACGAUAAGUCGAAACAAAAUGUUUAAUUCUUCAAGUAAGUAGUAAUCUUUAACUUUUUUGGUAUUACCAAUAACGAAAUAGUUAGUAUAUCAGUAUUAUAUUUUUAUUUUUGGUAUAUUGAAUAAGUACCUGCCUAGGAAAAUAUACCUUUAUAACCGUGUGCAAACACGGCUAGUCGUUGAUUUGCAUUGAUGUGUGAAAUGUGUCUCUACCAUUAUUAACAUCACAAUUUUUAAUGCGAUAUUUAUGUAAUGUUUUUGUAAUAUCUAUAAUAUUUUUGAUAUAUUUUCUGUAUAACAAAUGCGUCUACUUAUAAAGCAUAGUAUUGUGCAUUAUACAAACAUUGUAUAAAAAUGCUGUAAAAAGUAGAUAGAUAUUGUUUUAAACCUAUUAUGUAAAUGUUGAUAUAUGUCUAAAUUAAAUGGAUAUUUGUAUAAGGAGGGUAGAACCGCAGAAUGUACGCAAUUACGCAUUGUAAUAUACUUAUAAUUAUGUAAAUUGAAUGAGUUAUAUCUAAGGAAGUGUUCAAAUUAACUACAGUAAUUAGUGUAUAUUACUGUAUUGACGUAUGUGACUUAGUACACAGGAGAGUCGAGUUUUUUUUUUUUUUUUUCAAUAUAUAUUUUCUCACACAUUAAAAAAAAAUAUGAAGUGAAAUGAUGUUCAAUUUAUGUUAAAUUUUGGGUGCGACGAUCUCUUAUUUUUUAUUAUUAGUCAAUACAUAACAUUCAAUAAACAAAGAUGUAUUAAAUAUAUUUAUAUCCUAAAGACCAAGGAUUUGACCAAAUCGAGACUAUUACGAAUAUAAUAAACAACACGUAAGUAUCCUGUGUUUAUGUCAAUAGGUAAUUGUUAAUGUUCUUGCCUACAUGUAUUAUAAAAAUAUAUACAUAGUAACUACUUAAUUGUUGAAUUGCAACUUGAAAAUAUUUUAAAGAUUGUUUAAAAAAUAUUUCCAUCAUAAAAUAUAAAUAUUUUUAGGAUUUAAAACAUUGUAAGCUGAAUCCGUACCAGUAAAAUAAAAUGUCAUAAUUUUUGUAUUGAAUCUCAGAAUUUGUCAAAUAAAAAAAAACAGCAAAAGAGCUAAAUUCUUUAUAUCACCUACCUCUAUAUAUUUAUUAAAUAUAAUUACAAAAUAAAGACAGAAAUAGUUAAGGUUGUUUUGCAUUUGCCUGUGUAUUUAUUUUACGUACCAAUAUUAUUUAUUUCAUAAAAAAAUAAUUUCAUUAUUGAAAUUUAAUAGUCUGUGAUAGUGAAUUGAAGCUUUUAGAAAGCAUAACAGUAUUCUAAAAUGCACGAAUGUUACAAUUAUUAUAAAAUGAAAAAUAAAUAAAUGUUUCUUAUUGUGUGGUUUA